GAUUCUGGUGAGAGAGAGCAAACAUGAGUGCUAGUGAGGGAGAGAAGUUGUGUAAACAAAAAACACAGCCAUGUCUUCAAACAAUUCUUCAACACUUUCUAAUCCUCCUAUGUUCACAGGAGAAAAUUACAGUGUUUGGGCUAUCAAAAUGAAGGCCUUUCUAAAAGGUAAUGGUGUGUGGGAAUCUGUAGAAGAUGGGUUUCAUCCUCCUAUGCUGCCAAACAAUCCAACUGUAGACCAAAUGAAGCAACAUGUUGACUAUGUUCAAGCCUCAUACAAAGCCCUCUCAUAUAUUCACAGUGUUGUAAUAGAUGAUAUUUUCUCAAGUAUCAUGGGAGCAGAAACAGCACAAGAAGCAUGGGAUACUCUUAAGAAAGAGUUUGAUGGCAGUUCUCGGGUUAAAGAUCGAAGGGUGGUGGAAAAGAUUAUUGUUAGUGUACUAGAUAAAUUUGAGUCUAAGAUUUCUGCCAUAGAAGAAUCUUGUGACCUCAAAGAGCUAACCAUCACUAAGCUCAUAAGCAAGCUUCAGGCUCAUGAGCAAAGGUUGGUUAUGAAAACUGAUGAAACUACAAAAGGUGCCUUCCUAGCAAGGCAAAAAGGAAAACAACCAACCACUAGUUCUGAAAGCAAUAAGACCAAUGGUUCUAACCAAGCAUAUCAGCAACGUCAACAAAGCAGAAAAGGGAGGUUUCCUCCAUGUUAUUGCAGAAAAUCAAACCAUGAAGAAAAAGAUUGUUGGUUCAAAGGCAAAUCACAGAUUCAAUGCAGAUUUUGUAAAAAAUAUGGCCAUAUUGAGAAGAAUUGUAGGGCUAAGCAACAGCGACAGCAUCAAACACAACAUCAACAAGCUCAGUACAGACCAAAGCAACAACAGCAAGUUAAUUAUGCUGAAGAUUAGUGCAAGGAGGACUACUUGUUCAUAGUGUCUCAAGGUUCAUCUCUGUCAUCUAGUACUUGGUUUGUUGAUAGUGGAUGCACUAAUCAUAUGGCUUGAGAUGAAAGUCUCUUCAUUGAAAUGGACAAAUCAGUUAUUACAAAUGUCAAGUUAGGAAAUGGUACUGUGGUGAGAUCACAAGGGAAAGAUACUACUGUUAUUCAAAGUAAAACAGGUACAAAGCA